AUGAAACUUCUUUUCUGGAGUUCGCCUAUCACGGUCACUGAUGGUCUGUGGAGCUUCUCUGUUACAGUCUGUAUUGUGAUAUCGUGUUUCACAAAUAGAGCCAUCAAAGAUGAGCACACAUUUCGCGAACGGCAUCCAUUAUCAAGAUUUUUUACAAUUGCAAAUGGUAUCGUUAAUAGAUGGCCUACAUCUCGUAAUCCGAAUCAAACAGAUGCAAUCAUAUUUUCAACAGAGCCAACAAUUACGUUACAGAAAUGCACUAAUGCAUAUCAUUUUGCAAAAUCAUCAAAAUCAAUAUUACAAAUGUCAUCUACAAAAAAAGGUUUUGUUGAUUACUAUAUCCCAGCUGGCGAAGCUGACAAUGUUACACCAAAUGAAAUUCAGAGAUAUAAAAGAAAAAAAUGGACGUCAUUUGAUCAAUUUAAAGAUAUUCAAUUUAGAAUAUGGAAAGUCACUUUAUCAGACAAUGGAUCAGAAUUGAAUGGAAGAACGGGCUUUGCAAUUGUCCAAGCUUCUUCAAAGAAUACAUUUGCAAGCAUAUUAUUGGUAUGGCUAUUAGGUUAA